CCCAGUGUUUUGCGGUGUUCCAGGUGCCUUUUGCGCUCUUGCGUGCUCGCGCACAGCCCCGACUCUCUCGGAAUUGUCCUCCCUCUGCCGCUAUCUUUUUGUCAGGCGCGCAACAUUGGCACGCAACUAUUCCCAGGACCAUAUUUCCUGUGCUUUUUCCUGAGUUUUUGGGGGUGGAUUCAAUAAGGUCUGGCAGUCACAUGGAUGCAAGUUUUUUUUUUUCUUGUUGUUGGGGGGUGUGAAUGUCCAAAUGCGAGUGUUGCCUGGUUUAAAGUUGCAAGUACGGGCACCACUGGAGCAGUUUGGCUCCUUCUUAAAGUCGCUAUUUUUAUUUUUCGUAAAUAGUUUGUGUUAUGUAUUUCGAGUAAUUUGGAUGCAACUUUUCAAUAGUUUUCGGCAGUGUUACUGUUGUUGCAGCCAUCGAUUUCUUUCAAUCAUGUAACUCUGUGACAUUUUAUUUUUGUGUUCGACACACAUUGGAAACUUUACUUCCUAAACGGGAAGACUCGGACGGGAAUACAGAAAUAAUAUAAAGAAGACCCUGGAGUAAAAGAGACGGGAGCGGAGAAGGAAACUUUGAUGAAUCCGAGCUGCAUAAUGACUGAAGAAGGGAAAGCGGAGCAUCGGAGUGAAAGCGGGAAAGACCUGGAAAAGCAGCUCCGCUUACGGGUGUGCGUUUUAAGCGAGCUGCUCAAGACGGAGCGGGAUUACGUGGGCACGCUCGAGUUCCUCACGGCAUUUCUUCAUCGACUGAACCAGUAUGCUGCUUCUAAAAUGGACAAGAAUGUGACAGAGGAAACAGUUAAGACGCUGUUUUCUAACAUUGAAGAAAUUCUGCUUAUACACAAAGACUUCUUGGCCAUGCUGGAGGAGUUCCUGCAGCCAGAGCCAAAUGCACAUCAUGAACUUGGGCACUGCUUCCUUCAAUUUAGAGACAGAUUUCAAAUUUAUGAUGAUUAUUGCAGCAACCAUGAAAAAGCACAGCGGCUACUUCUUGAACUGAACAAAAUAAGGACAGUACGAACAUGCUUGUUGAACUGCAUGUUGCUAGGUGGGCGCAAGAAUACUGAAGUGCCACUUGAAGGCUAUCUUGUUGCCCCCAUACAAAGGAUAUGCAAGUAUCCACUACUUCUUAGGGAACUAUUAAAGAGAACUCCAAGGAAACAUAAUGACUACUCCUUGGUACAAGAAGCUCUACAAGUAAUGAAAGAGGUUUGCUCCAACAUCAACGAAACAAAGAGACAAAUGGAAAAAUUAGAAGUUCUGGAGGAAUGGCAGUCACAUAUUGAGGGUUGGGAGGGCUCCAGCAUUACUGAUACAUGCACAGAGCUGCUCAUGCAGGGGAUUCUGAUGAAAAUUUCAGCUGGGAACAUCCAGGAGCGCGUUUUUUUCCUUUUUGAUAACCUGUUAGUGUACUGCAAAAAGAAACACAGGCGUUUAAAAAACAGCAAAGCUGUGACAGAAGGGUAUCGUUACCAGUUCCGUGGAAGAAUCAAUACUGAAGUUAUGGAAGUAGAGAAUGUGGAUGAUGGCACAGCUGACUACCAUAGCAGUGGAAACAUUGUAAGCAACGGCUGGAAGAUUCACAACACUGCAAAAAACAAGUGGUUCGUCUGCAUGGCGAAAACUCCCGAAGAAAAGCAAGAGUGGUUGGAAGCUAUUUUAAAAGAGCGAGAAAGGAGAAAAAGCUUGAGGCUUGGGAUGGAACAGGACACUUGGGUGAUGGUUUCAGAGAAAGGCGAGAAGCUCUACAAUUUAAUGUGCAAACAUGGGAACCUAAUCAAAGACAGGAAGAGAAAGCUCACCACCUUCCCUAAGUGCUUCUUUGGAAGUGAAUUUGUGGCUUGGCUAAUGGAGAUUGGAGAGAUUGACAACCCUGAAGAGGGUGUUCACCUGGGACAGGCCCUACUGGAAAAUGGCAUUAUUCAUCAUGUUACAGACAAGCACCAGUUUAAGUCUGAGCAGUUACUCUACAGAUUCAGAUAUGAUGACGGCACUUACCAUCCAAGAAGUGACAUGCAAGAUGUCAUCUCCAAGGGCGUCAGACUCUAUUGUCGGCUUCAUAGUUUGUUUACUGCAGUUAUCAGGGAUAAAGACUACCACCUGCGGACCUACAAGUCAGUAGUGAUGGCAAAUAAGUUGAUAGACUGGCUUAUUGCACAGGGAGACUGUCGAACAAGAGAAGAGGCAAUAAUCCUGGGAGUUGAGCUUUGUGACAAUGGGUUCAUGCAUCAUGUGCUGGAAAAAAGUGAAUUCAAGGAUGAACCCCUGCUAUUUCGAUUUUUUGCUGAUGAGGAGAUGGAAGGAUCAAACACCAAGUACAAACCCAUGAAACAUGAUCUAAAAAUAGUUGAGAAUGUCAUAGCCAAGUCAUUGCUGAUUAAACCUAGUGAAGGAGGCUAUGGUUUUUAUUUAGAGGAAAGAAAUCGGGUGCCUAUUGUCAAAUCUGUGGAGAAAGGUUCAUAUGCAGAGAUGGCUGGUUUGGAAAUUGGGAAAAAAAUAUUUGCCAUCAAUGGAGAUUUGGUGUUUCUAAGACCUUUCCAUGAAGUGGAAUGUUUCCUGAAGCAGUGCUUUAAUGGCCGGAGACCUCUUAGGGUCCUCAUGAGCACCAAGCCAAGAGAAACUAUCAAGAUCCCAGACUCAGCUGAUGGCCUGGGUUUUCAAAUUCGAGGCUUUGGCCCCUCAGUUGUACAUGCAGUUGGUAGAGGAACUGUGGCUGCCAUGGCAGGUUUACAUCCUGGUCAGUGUAUCAUCAAAGUGAAUGGAAUUAAUGUCAGCAAAGAGAGCCAUGCUAGUGUCAUUGCACAUGUCACAGCCUGCAGGAAAUACAGACGACCAACACAGCAAGAUUCUAUAAAAUGGGUUUACAACAGCAUUGAAAGUGCCCAAGAAGAUCUGCAGAAAGCAAAUCUGAAACCCCCUGGGGACGACUGUGGUGAUGUCUUUGAAUGUAAAGUAGAAGAAGUGAUUGACAAAUUCAGCACUAUUGCAAUAAUAGAUGGAAAAAAGGACCAUGUGAGCCUGACAGUUGACAAUGUUCAUCUGGAAUACGGAGUUGUGUAUGAAUACGACAGCACCGCUGGGAUCAAGUGCCAUGUACUCGAAAAAAUGGUUGAACCCAAGGGCUUUUUUAGCCUAACUGCAAAGAUACUUGAAACACUGGCUAAAACGGAUGAGCAGUUUGUGCAAAGCUGUAGUAGGCUGAGCUCAAUAAAUGAUAUCAUCCCUGCAGAACUUCAGACCAAGUUUGUCUUAAUGUGCAGUGAACGACUUGAACGUGUGAACAGAAGGAUAACAAAUUAUCGCAAAGUAAGUCUGUUUUCCAGGGUUCUUAAAAACAGAGCAUGGCCAACAUUUAAACAAGCCAAGACCAAGAUCUCCCCACUGCACAGCAGUGAUUUCUGUCCCACUAACUGUCACAUCAACAUCAUGGAAGUAUCCUAUCCUAAAACCACCACUUCUCUUGGCAGUGCAUUUGGAGUGCAGCUAGACAACCGGAAAAACUCUACACUAGAGAGAGUCAACAAAACGUCAGAAACAGGUAAAUUAAACCCCAUGGUGUACAUGCAGCAUACUAUUACCACAAUGGCAGCUCCUUCAGGACAUAGCUUGGGGAGACCAGAUAGUCAUGGUCUCCGGUUCCUCUUAAGAGAGGAGGACUUGACCACGCUUGACCUUUACCAAAGACUGCUCAGCAAACUACAGACUGUGAUGAAGGAGAUGGACAGUUACUCUUGUCAGAUUGAUGAACUUCUGUCCUCAAUAACUCACCCUCCAUGUUCAGAAUCCAAAUUGGCAGAGACCUAUAUCACUACAGAUACUGAAAAUGAGAAGAGUGAACGAAAUGGCAAACGUGUCUGCUUUAACGUGGCAGGUGAUGAACAAGAUGACUCUGGUCAUGACACCAUCAGCAAUCGAGAUUCUUACAGUGACUGCAACAGCAACAGGAACUCAAUAGCCUCUUACACAAGUAUUUGCAGCAGUCAUUGCAGCUCCUACGUCCAUAGUGAUGAGAUGGAUUCAGGAGAUGAGCUUCCUCUUAAUGUGAGAAUCUCUCAUGACAAACAGAAGAAAUUGCUUGGCUUUCUGGAGCAUCUUGUUAGCCAGGUAGAAUCAAUCACAGGUCUUCUGAAAGGUCCAGCUGUGGCAAAGGCCUUUGAGCAGACAAAGUGCUUCACACCAGCACGUGGCUUUCAAGAGUUCCAGCAGGAAAUGGAGCCAAAGGUAAACUGCACCAAGAAGCUACGCCUUCACAUCAAGCAGGACCCAUGGAAUCUCCCCAGCAGUGUGCAGAAUCUAACACAAACACUUGCCAAGUUUGCCGAAGAGGUGAAGACAAGGAUUCUGCUGGCUCUCCUUGAAUACACAGACUCAGAGAUUCAGCUCAGGAGGGACAUGGUUUUCUGUCAGAGUCUCGUCGCCACUGUCUGCACUUUCUCAGAACAUCUGCUUGCAGUCUUGAAUCACACAAGCAGUGUAAUCAAAGAGGAAGAAAGUGAGACCCAAGAGGCCAACAGGAGGUGGCUAGAACAGAUAGCAAACGCAGGCCUUCUUCUCCACUUUCAGUCACUACUUUCACCCAGUAUGGCAGAUGAGCAGGCAAUGCUGGAAGAUACUUUGGUGGCUUUAAUUGACCUGGAAAAAGUGACUUUUUACUUCAAGCAGUCUGAAGGGGAACCACUAGUUGCGAAUAUGCCAAUCACCUAUCAGGUUGAAGGAAGUCGACAAGCACUUAAAGUUCAUUUUAUCCUGGAAAAUUUUCACUUUGAACAACUUCCACAAAGACUAAAAAAUGGAGGGGGCUUCAGAAUUUACCCAGUUCUUUUUACACAAGCUUUGGAGAGUAUGGAGGGAUACUAUUACAGAGAUAAUGUGUCAGUGGAAGAAUUUCAAGCCCAGAUAAAUUCAGCUUCUCUGCAGAAGGUCAAGCAGUAUUAUCAGAAGCUCAGGGCCUUCCAUCUGGACAAAUCAAACUUGUCUCCCAGCUCCACUUCUAAAGCUGCACUAAUAGACAAGCUUAUGCGUCCCCUAAAUGCACUGGAUGAACUCUACCGACUAAUAGAAAGUUUUAUCAGCUCAAAGCGAACAGCUGCUUGCCAAUACACUGCGUGUGGCGCCUCAGGUGUUGGUCUGCUCUCAGUGGCAUUAGAAUUGUGUAACCGUCUGGGAGCGUGCCACGUUGUUAUGUGCAACAGCGGAGUACAUCGCUGUACCCUAAGCGUCACUUUGGAGCAGGCGAUUCUCCUUGCCAGAAGUCAUGGGCUUCCACCACGGUGCAUCAUGCAGGCCACUGAUGUAAUGCGGAAACAGGGUGCAAGAGUUCAAAACUCUGCCAAGAAUUUAGGAGUGAGGGAUCGCACACCGCAGUCAGCUCCGAGAUUGUACAAGCUGUGCCAGCCACCACCUCCUGAUGGAGACUCGUGAAGGAAAACAAAGACUCAAAUGCAUUCUUGCUUCAGCUUGGACUUGAGCGUUCAUGUCUAUCGCACUUCCUAAUGAGCAGCAGUCUUAUCCAGAACACUGGACUGAUGAAUCCUGGGAAUUGCUGCCUGUAGACUUUCUGUUGUUGCCAGUGUGCCUGACUUAUGGGUUUUACUUCAUUCAGUUUGUUUAUAGGAAGACAGUGUUAAGUAAAAACAUGAAUUUUCUUUCAGUGAUUUUAUCAGUACAAUGCAUCUCAUUUUAACAUUUUGUUUUCAGAUUUGUUUUAUUUAAAACAUUUCUUAAUCCUUUGCUAACAUACUACCUUUCUUGUAUUCUCCCAGAUUAUAGUAUUGUAGUCCAAGCCUUAUGGCCCCUUUUGGCAAGGCGGGAGGCUUAAAUUGAGCUGCUGUUACUCUUCUACACUUCUUGUAAUAUUUAUUUUUAUACACACUCUGUUGUAAUUUCAUCUUACUACAUAACUGUUCUUGGUGCUAACUAAUGUGAAAAAAAUCUCAUAAUAAGAGUAAUUGCUCAAAUUUUAAAAUAUGUGUUCAUAUUAAGGCAGCUAGAAUAGGAAGGUCUUGCCAUUGAGGGAUAUCAACAUGUAAAUAUUCGCGUGUUUCUAAUGCCAUAGAAUGCAAAGAUUUGGGAAGGACAUAGUUACAUGCUGUAUGUUUAAUGACAAUAAUAUUAUUCUCUAAAAAUAUGUAUACUGCUCGUUUACAUAGUCUACAGAGAUAUCUAAAUAAAAGAACUGAACCCUAUAUUUAAAAAAAAAAAAGUAUACAAACUUGCAGAAUAUAUUUUUUUUUAUCUUUGUCUAGUAUAGGAGUCAACAAUUUGUGUUAAAUUUCAGAAGACCAGAAGACGAAAAGAGUUUUUUUGCCAAUUUAUAUAUA